AAAUCUAUUUCUAUUUUUAUAAUUUUUUUUUUUUUAUUGUGAAGCCAUUCGAUUUAUAUAAAAUAUAAAAUAGAUGAAACCAACAUCUAUGAAUGAAACCGAUCGUCUUAUCAUGAAUCAAUUGUGUAAAGUUUGCGGUGAACCUGCCGCCGGUUAUCAUUUUGGUGCAUUCACCUGUGAAGGAUGUAAGUCAUUUUUUGGACGAACAUAUAAUAAUCUUUCUGCAUUGGGUGAAUGUAAAAACAAUGGCGAAUGUGUCAUCAAUAAAAAAAAUCGUACAUCAUGUAAAAGUUGUCGUCUUAAAAAAUGUUUAAUGGUUGGCAUGUCCAAAAGUGGAUCUCGUUAUGGUCGCCGUUCUAAUUGGUUCAAAAUACAUUGUCUUAUACAGGAUCAACAGGAAAUGUCUAAUCGUAUGACCGAACAGGGUCUAAGCUUAACUGGCCAGGUCAAGAAUGGAUCAUCCGAUGUCGAUAUGAAAAUUGGAGAUAGUAAAGAUUUUCUUGCCAAAUAUAAAGAAAAUGAAUUACGGAAUACAUCAACCGUCGUUAAUAAUUUCAAUGAAUUGACGGCAGCAGCAGCAGCUGCCGCUGUUGCACAGAAUAAUAAUAAUAAUAAUAAUAAUAGUUCACAUUCACAUCGUAUCUCACCACGCUUAGCCGCUUCACCAUCAACGACUAAUUCUGAAGGAUCAUUAGGUGGCCAUAGGUCUGUUUCAUCUCCAUUCCAUCCGGGAUUAUUUGAUUCGGCCAAAAUGGCCAAUACAUUCACGAAUCCAUAUCUACCGGCAGCGGCUGCUGCAGCAGCCGCUGCCGCUCAACAGCAGCAACAGCAACAAGCUAUUAAUAGUCUUCCUUUUAAUGCCAAUGAUUUUCAAAAAGAAUUCAAUAAUUUAGCCAGUCGUUUUAAUCCGGGAACGAUACCGUUAGCACCCAUAUCACCAUUAUCUCCAUUGAAUGCAGCCGUUUCUCGUUUAUUCUUACAGAACAAUAACGCAGCGAAUGCUUUCAGUGUUCUGGGAAAGCGUUUUUCAGAAUUACAAAAAUUACAAAAUGAACAACUUCUGUUAAACCAAGCAGCCAGUCAAUUUUUGAAUCCAACAGCAACAGCUCUUCAACAAGCCGUACUUAAACAACAACCUGGACUGAAUUCCAGCAUCGGAACAGUGGUACCAAGCCAAAAAGACCUUGUAGAAGAAAUGACCAAUGGUUUACGUGAAUUCUAUGGUGAUACACCCGAACAAGAUGGCCCCAUUGAUUUAUCCGUUAAAAGGCUAAGUGAUUAUAGAGAAUUAUCAUUAGCCGCUGCAACUUCAGAACUAAUGUCUAAAUGUCAUUCACAAAAAAUUCCUGGAGAUCAUGAUUCCGGAUUCUCACCCUCAAGCAAUGAAGAUAAUCAUAAUACAUCGCCAUUGGAUCUAACAUCAUCCACACAGAAUAAUAAUUUAAAUAUACUUAGCAAUAAACGCCCAUGUUUAACAUCCGUUCGAAGUUCUGGUGGCCGUUCAGCAUCAAUGAUGUUGAUUAAGAAUAAUUUAAACAUGAAUCAACAUUUGGAAGAUUAUCAUUAAAAACUCAUGGAUUAGAAGAUGAUGAAGAUAUUGAAGUCGAUGAUGAUGAUGACGAUGUUGAUG